AUGUUAAAGUUGCAUGUGGCUAAGGCUGAGGUCAUGAAGGAGGGGCUUUUGCACAUUAGGGAUGUUUUAGUUGACAACAGUAUUGGAUAUAAGGAAGCUCAACAUCAAGAAAGCCUAGUGAAAAAGAAGCUUUCCAAAAUGUUGGGUCACUCGUCUCGUUGCUUAUUCACUCUAUUACUGUAUUACCUCUAUGGGAGGGUUACAAAUAUCGAAGUAGACAUGUGUGGUGGGGUCUAUGCAGAUGGAAGUGAUGACAAGUUUUGCUUGUUUAUGGGAAGAAUCUUGACUUCAGAUAGUGAGAAGACGGUGGGGUGUGGUGUGAAGCAGGACCGAGCGCUUGGGAUUUUUAAGUUUGUGUGGGAAAUGGCUGGAAUGAAAGGACAUUUAGAUUUGCAAGGCCAUAUGUGGUGUGUUGGAGCAGACAAUAAGAUGCUUAGGUAUAGAGGAAACACGUACUUCGUGCAUGGAAUUUGCCUUUGA